AUGGCCAGCCCAGAAGAGCCGCUCGCUCCCCGCCCCCAAGCCCCCCUGCCCACAGCCGGGGGCCAGCCCUGCUCCGGCCACGGCAAACUCCGCCCGGAGCCCCGGCGUAGCACAGCUGGCGGGGGGAGCGUGGCGGGCCCGGGCCCAGCCCCCGAGCGGCCUGGCUGUGGCCCGGCCGAGCGCGCCGCGCCCUCACGCCCGCCCCCCUCCUGCGCAGGCCGCGCCAGCCCCGCAGGGGGCCCGGGCGCCCAGACUGCGCGAGGCAGCAGCGGCAGCGGCUGCGGCUGGGUCCCGGCCCGCGCUCUCUUCACGCUUGCCUUGUCCUCCUCUGUCCCCUCCCCCUCUCCAUCUUCCUUUUACUUCUGGUCGCCGCCCCCGCUGCCCCCUCCUUCUCUGGUCCCCUCCUCAUUUGCCUUCCACCUCCCUGUGCGACUCCCAGGAAGGCAGGGCGCAGCGGCGGCUCGAGGUGGUGGUGGCGAUGCUGGUGGCGGCGGCGGAGGACAAGAGGCGGCUCCCUUGAGCGUCCCCCCCAGCACAAGUCCGCACGGCGGCGGUCGCAGCGCCGGCGGGCGGCGGCGGCUCUUUCUCUCCCCUGCGCUCCUGGGUUGGCUGCUUCCAGCCCGCGCCGGGCCCCGGCCGCCGCCGCCUCCCCGGCUCCCUCUGUGCCCGGUUGCCCGCCACACGGGCUUCUCCGGCUCUCCAGGCGCCGGCGUGCACGGCUCCGGCCCCGGUCUCGGCUCCAGCUCAGGAGGCGGCCGGACUUCGCCGCGGCCCCGAGACGCCGGCUUUGCCCCAGCCGCUGCGGCCCGGCUGCUGCUCGGCUCCGACAUGGAAGAUGGACCUUCUAAUAACACGAGCUGCUUCCGAAGGCUGACGGAGUGUUUCCUGAGCCCCAGUUUGACAGAUGAAAAAGUGAAGGCAUAUCUUUCUCUUCACCCCCAGGUAUUAGAUGAAUUUGUUUCUGAAAGUGUUAGUGCAGAGACGGUAGAAAAAUGGCUGAAGAGGAAGAACAACAAACUCGAAGACGAGACGGCGCCUAAGGAAGUCAGCAGGUACCAAGAUACGAAUAUGCAGGGCGUCGUGUAUGAGCUAAACAGCUACAUCGAGCAGCGGCUGGACACGGGCGGGGACAACCAGCUGCUGCUGUACGAGCUCAGCAGCGUCAUCAAGUCAGCCACCAAAGCUGAUGGAUUUGCACUGUAUUUCCUUGGAGAGUGCAAUAAUAGCCUGUGCGUGUUCACCCCGCCUGGAAUCAAGGAGGGACGACCCCGGCUCGUCCCUGUGGGGCCCAUAGCCCAGGGCACCACCACCUCCGCUUAUGUGGCCAAGUCCCGGAAAACGCUGCUUGUGGAAGACAUCCUAGGGGAUGAACGCUUUCCAAGAGGCACUGGGCUGGAGUCAGGGACGCGGAUCCAGUCCGUCCUCUGUUUGCCCAUCGUCACUGCCAUCGGUGACCUCAUCGGCAUCCUGGAGCUGCACCGGCACUGGGGCAAAGAGGCCUUCUGUCUGAGCCACCAGGAGGUUGCAACAGCAAACCUCGCCUGGGCUUCUGUGGCCAUCCACCAGGUGCAGGUGUGCAGAGGCCUGGCCAAGCAGACCGAGCUGAACGACUUCCUGCUCGACGUCUCGAAGACAUAUUUUGAUAACAUAGUCGCAAUAGACUCUCUGCUUGAACACAUAAUGAUAUAUGCAAAAAACCUGGUGAAUGCAGACCGCUGUGCACUUUUCCAGGUGGACCAUAAGAACAAGGAGCUGUAUUCGGACCUUUUUGAUAUUGGGGAGGAGAAGGAAGGAAAACCCGUCUUCAAGAAGACCAAAGAGAUCAGGUUUUCCAUCGAGAAGGGCAUUGCCGGGCAGGUCGCGAGGACGGGGGAGGUGCUGAACAUCCCAGACGCCUACGCGGACCCACGCUUCAACAGAGAAGUGGACUUGUACACGGGCUACACCACCCGGAACAUCCUGUGCAUGCCCAUCGUGAGCCGCGGCAGCGUGAUCGGCGUGGUGCAGAUGGUGAACAAAGUCAGCGGCAGUGCCUUCUCCAAAACGGAUGAGAACAACUUCAAGAUGUUCGCUGUCUUCUGCGCGUUAGCCUUACACUGUGCCAACAUGUACCACCGGAUCCGCCACUCGGAGUGCAUUUACCGGGUCACCAUGGAGAAGCUGUCCUACCACAGCAUCUGCACCUCGGAGGAGUGGCAGGGCCUCAUGCGCUUCACGCUGCCCGGGCGGCUCUGCAAGGAGAUUGAGCUGUUCCACUUCGACAUCGGCCCUUUUGAAAACAUGUGGCCUGGCAUCUUUGUCUACAUGAUCCACCGCUCCUGUGGGACAUCCUGCUUUGAGCUGGAGAAGCUGUGCCGCUUCAUCAUGUCGGUGAAGAAGAACUACCGACGCGUCCCGUACCACAACUGGAAGCACGCGGUGACCGUGGCGCACUGCAUGUACGCCAUCCUCCAGAGCAACUGCGGGCUCUUCACCGACCUGGAGCGCAAAGGGCUGCUGAUCGCGUGUCUGUGCCACGACCUGGACCACAGGGGCUUCAGUAACACCUACCUGCAGAAGUUCGACCACCCGCUGGCCGCCCUCUACUCCACGUCCACCAUGGAGCAGCACCACUUCUCCCAGACGGUGUCCAUCCUGCAGCUGGAGGGGCACAACAUCUUCUCCACCCUGAGCUCCAGUGAGUACGAGCAGGUGCUUGAGAUCAUCCGCAAAGCCAUCAUCGCCACCGACCUCGCGCUCUACUUCGGGAACCGGAAGCAGCUGGAGGAGAUGUACCAGACCGGCUCGCUGAACCUUAAUAACCAGUCACACAGGGACCGUGUCAUCGGCUUGAUGAUGACUGCCUGCGACCUUUGUUCUGUGACAAAGCUGUGGCCAGUGACAAAGUUGACGGCAAACGACAUAUAUGCAGAAUUCUGGGCUGAGGGCGAUGAGAUGAAGAAGCUGGGGAUCCAGCCCAUCCCCAUGAUGGACAGGGACAAGAAGAACGAAGUCCCCCAAGGCCAGCUCGGCUUCUACAACGCGGUGGCCAUCCCCUGCUACACCACCCUCAUGCGGAUCUUCCCGCCCACGGAGCCCCUGCUGCACGCCUGCAGGAACAACCUCAGCCAGUGGGAGAAGGUGCUCCGCGGGGAGGAGAGCGCCGUGUGGCUGACCUCCCAGCCGGCGGCCCCCGGGCCCUCGGAGACGCUGCCCGUCAAGAUCGACGACUGAUGCCUGAGCCGUGCUGCCUGCAGAUGCUCGUCCCGCUGCUUUGACUUUUCUGACUUUUGUUUUUGUGGGGGAACCUACACUCAGAAACCAGGAUGCCAGCCUCGCCCAGAAGGUCACACCCAGUAAAUUGCCCCACGGAGGACUCCCCGCCCGUCUCCUCGGAGUCGCAUCCCAGACAGUGGCCAGGCAGGGCCCUGGGGCCAGAAAGCUGCGUCCGGGGGGCUGCACUGGCCUCGCAAGCUGCCUUUUCCAGUGGGCUGACACCUCCCAGGCCUCGAGGGGACGGACGAAGGCGGCCGGGGUCCUUCCCACUGCGUCUCUCUAGGGAGGGUGUAAAUGGUACUACGACGAUGCUGUACUUUGGCCGCUGUACUCAGCACCAGUGUUGCUUCGAUGUUGUUGGUUAUAAAUUAGGGGUUUUUACACAUCACUGUUGUGGACGCUCCUGUGUGGUCUGCUUGUGCGUAGCGUGAGUUGUAGCAGACGCCUUGGGAUCGGCGGCAUCGCGGCUGCUGCCCGAGAGGCUCUAUCUGCAGCCCGUGAUGGGGGACAAGUUCCUGCUUCCCAACUUGACAGACUAGAAGGCGGGGUCUGCCGCGGGCCCUCCGAGUGCACCCAGGGGCCCCGGUGGGCGGGCUGGAAGCCGCAGGCAGGCAGCGGGCUCCCGCCCCCUGAGAAGAGCUGCGGACUCGCACUCGGGGUGACUGCAGACGUCCUCGUAUUGACUCAGAGGAUGUCAAAGAAUAUUAAAAAAACCUUUCAUUGCAGUCUUGGCAAAUUCGCUAGUCAUUUUGCAUAAAGAACAAAAUAAAAGCAAGAUGUAUGAUUUUUUUAGUGGACAAGUCUUACAGAUAAAAAUGAGUUUUCAAUCAUGAUUUCUCUAUAUUUUCACUUUGUGUCAUUGCAGAAUUUUAGAGUCUCAUUCAAAGUGAAAGGUUGAUUCAGCAAGUUGUUCAUCAGCAGUCAUUUCCCUACACUCAAACCGUCAACUUUGUCUUCUGUAAUUUUUCUCCCACCUGCGGCAGCAUCUCCCCGGCCCCUCCCCUGCUGCUCAGUCUUCCCGCCCUAGUCCAGGCGCACGACAGGGGAGGAGAAGAGCCCAGAGCAGCGACCAGAGCUGAACUCUGUGCUCUGCUCUGCUCAGCACCCAUGUCUGCACAGAAACCUGUCGUUUGGGGAGUUUCUCCUGCAUCUUUUUUGGCUAAUGUCACUCCACAGUGGAAACGUUUGAGAGCGUGUACAAAGGUAGCGACAGUGUGGACCCUUUCCCACGAAGACUGUCAGCCAAGGAGUACGAUUCCGGUGUGGUCAGCGCUACAGAGAUCUUCACUGGGACGGCACAGCAACCCCCGACCUUGGAACCCGUGGGUGGUCCUGACCUCCAGGAAUUGGCUGUCCCAGAAUGUGACAAGGCCAGUCCACAGCAGAUCCGCUCUUCGUGUGGCAGGGAAGUGGAAGAGUACUUUUAACAAAGUAAAUUUUACAGUACUCUCCUACACACUUGAUACUGUACACAGUGUUCAUAUAGCUUGGUUUUUGCAAAUAUUAAUCAGUUGUUUCUAUUUACGUUGCAGCAAAGAGAGCUGUACGUAAAUGUUGUUCUGUUUUUAAAAUUCACACCGUGUGUUCAGUUUCCGUACGGGCCCCUGAAAGUUGCCGCCUCCCCUCCACGCAGCCCCCGCUGCUGUGGUGGUUACACGGGAGGUCGAAUGAAACAGAAAUGCCACUCCGGCUAGGUACACACGCGUGUGUGGCUGUACACGUGUGCAUGUAGACACGUAUGUGGACACAAACACGUGUGAGAGAGAAGCAAACCCAUCUGUGAAAAAUAACGUCAGCCACGUUCUUCAAAAGCAGUGAGUUUUUGUGUUGAAGAACGUAAUAGUGUUUGACCUAAUGCUGACUAGUAGCACUCUUCCAUGUUAGUCUUUUUGCAGGUUGAGUUUUUAAAAAUGUCACGCUUUUUGGCAUCUGAAGUUACGAAACUUCCCCAGCGAAACAGGCCAGUUUGGCCAGCUAGUUAGCUCGGAGACGGCGUUGCGCGGGGGUGGAAUGCCGGUGAGGACUCCGGUUACACGGGCUGCCGACUGCAGGAGAGCGGGUGUGUGAGCCCUGCUUCUGGACGCAGAGCUCGGCUCGGGGGUCCAGCGGCCGCCCUGCAUUUGAAGGUUGCUGCUUCACUCAGCGGCUGCAGGGUACUCUCUGACUUCGGCACAGCCAGCUGCGUUGCCUGGACCUCCAACCAGUCUCCCGGCAGUGUGGCUGGACGCCCCGGUUCGUGGGUGUCCUGUGGAAUACUGUUACAGUAGAAACAAAGUCUGAGCCGAGGACCGUGUCCUAGCGCUGUUACUGCUGCUGUCACCAGGUGUCAGAUUCACUUACGAGUCACAGGCUGGUCUAAAAUAAGUCCUCCCAGGGUAAUUUAGUGAUAUUUAGUCACCUGCUUUGGAGAAAAAAGUGCAGGGAGGCGUGUGUUUGUGUUGUUCCGGCAGGUCUGUUUAGCAGGCAGACUUUGUAGUGGUGUUCUCAUUCUUCCUCCUAAAUCUUUUCUUAAAAGGGUUGAUUAGUUGCUCACUAAGCUGGCAUUUUCUGUUGGGCUAAAUUUCCUGUUCAGUCUAAACUUGGUAACUGUCUGUAAGUAUUGGUAGAAGGCUCGAUUGCUAGACAUUUUCAUUGGUUGUGCUGAUUUAUAAUGGACACAGUUUUUAUCACCAAAUGCAGUUAUUCCAUUAUUUUUUUCAGAGAUAACGAGCCUAUUUUCUAACUAGAAAUUUUCUUGGCAAUGCACUCUAACAGCAUGGAACACGGAUCCUGAGCAGUGGAAACAACAUUUGAAAAAUGCAGGCGUCUUCUCAUGUGCCUGACGGCGGCAGCUUUAAAGGAGUGCGUUGGGUUUGGAAGGGGGCUGUCAGGGAAGGCCCUUCUUCCAGGGCCGAUGGGGCCCGGGCCCCAGCGACGGCUUUUCUAGGCGCAUGUGCGAAGGCCCCGUCUCCCCUCCUCUCUGCCGCCCUCUGUCGGACGAGACCACGCGAGGCGACUGUUCACAGCCACAGAACAGAACUCCCUCGAAAGGAGACUCGUGUAGUGUAGGUUUCCUCUUUUUAGCAUGAUUUUUAGGUUUUUAAAAACUUCUGUGCAGUCUCAGUGGACUUGGCUUCUUCGGAAUGUUCGGGCACGCUAGGCAUGUGUGCACACGAGGCAGCCCAGCCGCACACGUCUUUCUCACUACCUAGGUGUUUAACAAACAUAGUUUUCAGUGUUACGUUCUCGCCUUUGAACUCGAACUUAAGGUUUGAACUUUAAAUAGGACUAAAUCAUUCACCGUGCCUGCCUGUGCCUUUAUUUUAAAUACUGUAAUUUUUUAUCUUCAUCUAUUUCUUAUUUUGCUUUUCUUAACUAUAAUUGAAGGUGUUGAAAGGGACCCAUUCUUGGUUAAAGUCACCGAGUUGAAUGACCGGGACCUCAGUCCCCCAACAGGUCCCUACCUGUGACCCGAUUUACCCGCCUUGGCUGCUGUGACCGGCAGCGGCGAGCGGCCCAGUGCGGUUCGGUCCUUCCCAGAACGGUGACCAGCGACCGUGUGGCUGUGUUGGGCUCCAGGCACAGGUGCAGGGUUUCGAUUUUGAGAAGCACUUCUAUCUUUAUAUAUUUCUGACACGUGUUUGCUUUCUGCACCUCGCUGAUUUAGGGUUUAAUUCUUCAAAGACAUUGAUCUAGUCACCGAGCGCACCCUCCUACUGCAAGUAGGGCCUGAGUCUCGAGUCCCCGUGCAGGGCGAGCCGCCCAGCAUGUGGCGGUGGUUUCGCCCGGGCUUGUCUGUGGCACGGGGCAGCCCUGCUCUUACAUCUGCCUAGCUGUUCACCCUGACACUCAUUUUGCCGGUUUCUUUAUAGACUCGUCCUAAGUUUUCAUGAAUUAGUGCUGUCCAGUAAGUACACUCUUGUUUUCCGUCUUUUUUUUAACUGGACGUUUUGAUUGUUUGAAGCGUUAGAUGCAUUUCUGUGAUGAUGAAAACAGUGAUGAGAACCAGUCUUGUGGUUCUAAGUCAUCAAAAGAUGGACCGAAGAGAAACACACAGAUGCUUCCCAAGAAACACAUUGAAAAUCUGCAGCAGCAUGGUUCUCUUCACUCGGAUGCUAAGCUUCUUCCUCCCUGAGACUGCUUUCCCGUGGGGGCGGGGGCAGAGCGGGGCACCUGCCGCCUGCAGGCCUAGCCACCCGCGCGCGCUCGGCAGGUGGCCGAGGUGGGGGUCGGGCGCCAGGCCAGGCCAACGUUCAGCUCGUGUCUGGGAGGUGCAGCCUGUCUACAGAAGUUAGAGUGGACGCUUUGUGUUGCUGGUGACGUAAUGGAAGUUCUAAGCGUGCGAUCCGGGGCUCCAGCUCACGCAGAAUGCCGUGCCGGGGCAGGCACUGCAGCCCCGUUGUUGUAGCCGGCCGGUGACGUGUGGGGCCGGUGGCCCCCGAAGCUGCACGUGCGGUUGCCGCUCCGUGCGUCUGGUCAGUGCGUUGGCUGAAGGAACAGCAGGUUUAUCUGCAGAAGGCCAGGCUGUGCGACCCCCCACCUGUUACCAGACCCAACUUGUGCCCUGUCUGAGAUAAUAUGCUCCCUCCAGACACUGUGACACAGUUACCGAAAUGUGUAGAAAUGCAGCAUUUUGACUCUUUCUGAGAAGAAAAGGUGACUUUCUUCACAAGUCCACAGGAGCGCGUGUGCCUGCCAGGCUCAGCCCCCGAGAGCCUGUGGGCCACCCCUUCUCCGCUGAGCCACACUGCCCCCGUGGGGUGGGGUCCAGACUGUAGCGCCCCCACCCCGGCUGCUAGGCAGAGGGUCUGUACCCCAAGUGCCCAUGGGCUCUGUUUUGGAAGGAGAAUUUCAACUGCAUUGUAGUUGAUGAGUGAGCGAAUUUCAAAAAAUAUUUUAUACGUGUAACAAAAAUCUUUGUAAAAUGCACAAGUGCAAUAACUUGAAGAGGUCUUAACUCUGCAUUUAUAAAUUAUACAUACUGUACAUGUGUGUAAUUUUUCACGUAUCCAUUUGCAGUCUUUGUAUUUAAAAGAUCCCUUUCCCAUCGCGUCUGUACGAUAGAACGAUAACCAUUGAUUAUAACCUGAGGCGAAUUGUAAAUAAAUCGUCAGCCGAGCAGCCGGUGCGUGUGCCUACACGGGCGCGGCGCUGCGGAGCCUGCCUUCGUUCCACUCACGCUUAGGGGCAGCGAGAAGUCUUGUCCAUAUGUAACUAUACAUACAGAGUAUAUAUAUGUACGAUACAUGAAAUAUAUUUAGAGAUGUUCAUAAUUUUAAUGGCUACCCUUCAGUGUGAAUAAUUGAAUACAGAGUUUUUAAAACACCA